AUGUUUUUGAUAAUAUUAACACCAGGACAACGUACGAAUCCACCCGUAUUUUAUUCGUUCCAGCGCCAUGCUCAGGUAUCCAUUCGAUUGUAUCAACUUGCGAUAACAGAAGAACCAUUGCCACUAUUUGACUCGUUCUAUAUUUUUGUGCGGGCACUAGAAGCACAAAAGCGUGAACAACGCAAUGAACCGAACAAAACACGCCUAAAAUCACAAUACAAAAUCUUUAAAACUAAGACGGCAAUUUCAGAUACACUAGAAUAUAACAUAAGAUCAAAUUACUUUUUUAAUCGUAACAUAUAA